UUUUUUUUUUUUUUUAAUUAUAUAUAUAUACAAACACAAUGUCUGCUGAAAAACGUCCACAAGAAGCCAUUGAAUCAGAACCUAAACGUAUUCGAGUGGGUACAACUCGUGAUGUGGAUGUAUUUAUGGUACCACAAGCACCCAAAGUACCUAAAACCACCAUUGAAAAGGAAAACGCACAACGUUUAAUUGUGAUUUUGGAACAAGCGACUUUGGAAACUUUAAAGAUUGGUAAAAACAAGGAAGGACAUUACCAAUUACUCAAUGUGGAUGAUCAUUUACAUAUUCUUAAAAAGAAUAAUCGUGAGACCUAUGAAGCUCGUCCUGAUAUUACCCAUCAGUGCCUCUUAACUCUUUUAGAUAGUCCUUUAAAUAAGGCUGGUCGCUUACAGGUGUACAUUCAUACCCACAAGAACGUGCUGAUUGAAGUCAACCCUCAUAUCCGUAUUCCCAGAACGUUUAAACGUUUCGCUGGUUUAAUGGUUCAAUUACUUCAUAAAUUAAGUAUUCGUGCUGUCAAUGGUAACGAGAAAUUAUUGCGUAUCAUUGAAAAUCCCGUAGAGAAAUAUUUGCCCAGUAACAGUUACAAGAUUGCUUUGUCUUGGGAUGCACCAACUGUUCGAUUAUCUGAAUAUAUGCCUACGAUCCCCAAGGAUAGAAAUAUUGUGGUAGCUGUUGGUUCUAUGGCUCAUGGUAACGAUGACUUUGCCGAUUCCUAUGUGGAUGAAAAGAUCAGUAUAUCCGAUUACUCUUUAUCUGCAUCCGUUGCUUGUGGAAAGAUCACUUGUGCUGUGGAGGAUAUGUGGGGAAUUUUGUAAAUAAAUGUAUUAGAAUAAUUAGAAAAAAAAAA